AUUGCAAAGAAAAAUCACGAGUUGGAUGCCAAGGAGGGGAAGAUAGAGGAGUUAAUACUAGUUGUCAACAAGAAAGACGAUGAGAUUGCAGCGAUGAAAAAUCAAGAGUCAUUGUCUACGGUAUCAUCGAUGGUAACAAUGCCGCCAACAACAGAAGGAUUGUCAGGAGGAUUGAUGGUUGAAGAAAUUGCGACGACUUCUAAGGACAUCAAACUAGCUAUUUCCCUCAAAAUCGACCUUCUGAAGGAUGACAAAUCAACCAACAAUAUUAUGCAAGAGAAGAUAGAUUUCAUGGAGCAAGAAUCAAAUCAGAAAGACAUCCAACUGAAAGCUAAGGACGAGGAAAUUUCAGAGUUGAAGAAAAUAAUAAAUGAUAGGGACGAAGCCAUACAAAUGCAAAGUGAGGAGCUUGCAAAGUUGAAAGCUCAACAAUCGCCAUCAACGAUACCAAUGCAAGAACCACCCAAUGUAAGCGUCACACUUGAUGACAUUGUGACUACCCUACUGAUAGAAAAGGUACAAAUGAAAAAACAACUAGACGAAGUACGCAAAGAGAGAGAUGCCAAGGGUCAACAACUAGAACAGAAGUUAGAGGAACUCAACGUCAAGGAUGAGGAGGUGGCGAAGAAAGAUGCGGAGCUAGAGGCGAAAAACAAGCAUAUGAUCAAGACGGAAGAAGCGAUGAAGAAGAAACUAGAGGAGGAGAUUGGUAAUAUGACGGAAGAAUUAAAGAAGAAAGAAGAGGAGCUUAAGGAGAAAGAUAAAGCAAUUGUUGACCAAGCCACGAAGUUGGAAGCGGAUAAGAAAUUGAUAGACCAAAAGGAGAAAAUGAUCAAGAAGAAGGACAAGCAUAUUAAGAGGCAAACCAAUAAGUUGAACGUGAAAACUGAGCAACUUGGGGAAGCAAGAGCUAAAACAGUGAAAUUGAGGAAUGCCCUAAGAGAAUUCACCGGCGUGGAAGACGAUGAAGAUGCAGAUGAUGAUGAUGAAGACGAUGAGGAGGAAGAUGAAGACAAUUGAGUAUUGAAACAUGGAUGGCUCUACUACUUUAUGUGUCUAUCCUCACUAAGAGUACUUAUGCAUUUGAUUUCCUCUAGUCUCCAUCUAGGAGUAUUAAUUUACAUUUUGUUGUGGAGUUUGUUUGAGAGUGGAGUGAUCUAGAUUAAUUUUAUGGUUUGUGAG